UUAUUUAUAAUCACUUCCGCCUUGGUUAGAUCAUUUCCAAAACAAACUUUCCAGCUUGAGCUUGGAAGUAAAGAUUUCAUGGUCACACAAACUUACGAUUCAAAUUUGCAAAUAUAUUUCCAGUCUAGCUAUAGAUAUAGUUUUGCUUCUAUUUUUAAACUGUCAUGAUUUCGUGACAUUACUUAGACAUUGAUAUGAAGAUUGACUUUUUCAAAUAGCUAAACACCUAUAAUAAAAAUAACUACUUAGCCUUGUGCCAGAAAGGCUUGGAAAAAAAAUUGGCCAGUCUUGCAAAAGAUGGCAUCUACGGGAGCAGAUGACUUGUAUGACUACAUUUGGAAAGUUGUGUUAGUGGGUGAUUCAGGUGUCGGAAAAACAAAUUUACUUUCUCGUUUUACCAAGAACGAGUUCAACAGUGAAAGUAAAAGUACUAUUGGAGUGGAAUUUGCUACCAGGCAUGUAACCAUCAAAGGUAAAACAAUCAGAGCACAGAUAUGGGACACUGCUGGUCAAGAAAGAUAUAGAGCUAUCACUGCAGUAUAUUACAGAGGAGCAGUUGGUGCUUUAGUUGUUUAUGAUAUUACAAAGAGUCAGACUUUUGAUAAUUUGAACAAGUGGCUGCAGGAGCUCAAGGACCAUGCAGACAGUUCUGCAAGGAUAAUGAUAGUUGGCAACAAGUCAGAUUUAAGGCAUUUACGUGCAGUCACUCAGGAAGAGGGGAGAUUAUUAGCAGAGAAACACAAGUACUCUUUCAUCGAGACCUCAGCUUUGGAUGCUUCUAAUGUUGGAGAGGCUUUUAAUAAUUUACUUGUUGACAUCUUCAAAUCUCAAGUUGAGGAUCCAACUGUGUUGCCACCUAGCAGCCAACAUCAGAGUGCCGGUCACAACAAUGGACAAACUUCAAGCCGAGUGCAACUUCCUAGAGAGGAUGCAAGUGGACAACAGGGGGGGCAGUGUUUCUGCUAACUGGAAUAAGGAAGGACAUGGUUAGUUCUGGAGAUGAAACAGUCUUUUUUUUUCUUUUUCUUUCUUUAAUUGUUUAAAUAAUUAUUUUUUUUAAGUACAUAUAGCAUUUUAUCAGGAUAGGUGUAAUAAAUUUUUUAAGAUUAAGCGUUUAAUAAUGAACAAAUUUCCAAAGACAUUUUGUGUUAGUCUAGGAAUAACUAAAGGAAGGAUACUUUCAAAUGUGAAGUCAGCUGUUACAAUAUCAGUUUGUAUUUAUGAGAACUAGCUGUCAGAGCGCUGUGUACAUUGUAGUCCAAUAUUUAUUUUGAUAUCAAUGAAUUGUGUGUUGAUGUAAGAAAACAAUAGACUGGCUGGUCACAUGGGCUGUUUGCGUUGUUGUUUUUUCCCCUGAAAAUGUCUUUUUGGUCAGUUAUUAGUUUUCUUUGUGUGCAUUUUCAAAAAUUUUCUUUCCGCUUUUUGAUAUAGUUAAAAUAUUUUGAUCCAUUCAUUAGUUUAGUACUUAAUGGGUUAUGGUUUGUUUAGAGCAGUGUCCUGUAACUUUUUAAAUUUAUUUUGCAAGUUUCUUUGUGUCAUCUCUUACGACGUUGAGGUUGUGUACUAUUACAAUGACUACUAUGUCUAUCAAAUUAUACUUUCUAAAAUACAUUAACUACAUUUUUUUUUGUUUCCCUUGAUAGAUCAUUCUGCUAGUUUUGAUGCUGUUAGUUUUUUAUAAUAAUAAUUAUUAUAAUCUUUGUUAUCCAUUAGGAAAUUUGUUUCUUUUGAGUUCUACAGAUUUGUAACAAAUUAUUUUUCCAUGCUUUUGCCAUGAAAUUUUAGUUUCAAUUUACAUUUUGAAAAAUAUUUGUAUUUUUUGGUAGACAUGACCUUAAAAGUGACCUAUUUUAUACUUUUUUAAUCCACUUCUUAAAAAUAAUUAUUUUUUUUUUAAAUCUAUUUAUAUUUGAUGAUUUUUCUUAAAACAUACUAACAAAUUUUUAUGAUUUUUUUUUAGAUUAUUUAGAUCUAGAUUGAGAUCUGAAAAAAAACAUUAAUUAAUGUUUCUUGUGAAUUUAUAUCCAUUUCUUUUUGUUUUGCUGUGACUUGAAGCUUGUAUAAAAUAUGUUUGCAUUGUUAACAUUUUGUAAUGAUAGUAUUUUAAGUGGAAAGAAGAGGUAGAUAUCUUUGAAAUAGGAUCUGUUUUGGUAUUUUUAAUAGAUAGUAUAUAUAUUUAAAUAUAUAUAUAUAUACUAAACAUUUUAAUAGUUUGAACUCAUGGCUUGAUUAAUUUUUUUUAUCUCUUGUAUCAACAAUAAUAAUUACGUACUGUUUAACAAGAUUGUAUAUUUUGAACACUGUUUAGAUGCAGAUUUAUUGUUUUAACAGCCCCAUAAAUUCACAUGCAUUGGUUUGAGCAUUAAAUCGUAUUAUGUUUAAUCAGAUACAGUUUUCUCCACUAUUGCAUGUAUACAUGCAAAAAUUAAAAAAAAAAAAAAGACUUAAAUGCUAUGUCCAUUUUAAUUGUCUCAAUUUGUGUACAAGUACACAUAAGCCAGCAAAUGAAGUUUCCUCUGUGUACGAAGAGAGUUUGGUAUUACCUAUGUUUUUGACGCCUGAUUUUGGGUAUGUGAGAUGCUCUCUCUUGUUUAAUGGUGGCAACUGUGUGCCUUUGUAUUCUUCUCACAUGCUCUGUCCCUCGGGGCUAUGUGUACAUUUAAUGAAUGUCUGGAUUUAAAGUUGAUGUGAUUAUAUUUAUCCUUUGUAACCUUUUUAGUAUUGGGUUUUGUGUUCUGACAUUAUUCAACUUGUAUUUAUAGUCAAUAGCAUGACAAACAUAUCAUAACUGUUGUUUUUUUAUCAAGGCUUUAUUGUUGUUUCAAUUAAAAAAAAAGAAAUCUGACGCCUAGUUCAACCCAGUUUAGAAUUAUCUUGAGCUUUAUUUCAUUUAUUAACCUCAUUCACUGUAGCUUGUAGUUUACUUCUGAAAAUAGACCAUAUUGUUUCCAUGCAAUGGUGUAAAGAACAUUUCUUGCUAUUUGUAUUAUAAAUUAAAAUCUGGAAUUAUUUAUCCAUUUCUCCCUGUGUUUGGGGGGGGGGGGGUCACAGAUGAUUCACUGAGAGAUAGGUGAAAAAUUUGUGGCAGGCUAAAAUAAAGAUUGAAAAACUGCAGAAGAAAGAAAAGUUUGUACCCAGAAAAUACUAUACUCUUCAAACCUUUAAUGAGAAAAAAAGCAGUUGAGUUGGAGGCUAUGGUUUCUGAAAAGACUGUUGAAGUAAGACAUGACAAGUUAGAACAAUAUUUAUAUAGGUCAUGGAAGCAGCACAAGUUACAGAUGAAAAGGAUGCAAAGUGUUGUGUUAAGGCUAUGGGGCUAAUGGUGCCAGUACAAUGCAGCUAACUCCCAAUAGCUUCUGAAGAAACCUUUUUUAUCAUAGGAACUAUGGGAACAUUUUUAUCAUUUUUGAAGCAGAGAUCUUUAGGAAAACAAAAACAAGACUGUUAGCUGAAAUUAAUAUUGUCUCUUUUAACAUAUCAGAAGUGAAGAUACUUUCGAGUAUAUAUUUAAAAAAAAAACAUAUAUACUAUUCUUAUUGGUCUUCAAUAUUGUGUGUUAUAUAGACAUGUAAAUGUUAUUGCUGAAAAAAAAAAAAAAGAAAUGCUUGAUAAUAACCCAUUAGGGCAACAUCUUUCACUAUUUUUCUUCAUUAACAUAUGUAUAAAUAUAUAUAUAUAUGUAAUGCACUGUUAAUGCUCCUAUUCCAUCUGUUCUUAUUUUAUAACAAUGCCAAGUUCAAUAUCUUCACCAUUAGCAUGAUGCUUUAUUAGCACUCAAGUCUUUGUUAAAAGUUCAGCAUUGCUAUUUGACCUUAAAUAUUUUUUUUCUCAUGUGAUCAAAGUGGCUGUCCUGAAUCCUCAUACUAAUAUUCAAGUUGUGACAUACUUAUCACUAUGAACACUGUUAACAUCUUAUCCACUUUGUAAAAUUAACUACUGUCAUUAUGUCAUCAAUAUUUUAAAAAGUCAUAUUUAUUUGUUGUGAAUGGCUUGUUUUGCUGUUAAAUAUAUCAAUUUUACAAGUUUUGUUAUAAAUAUGUACUUUAUCUAUUUGGUUGUCUUUAAAAUUAUAUGGUAAAAAAGAAUGGUUGUGAGUUUAGAACCAUAAAUCAGCUUUACUUUCACAGUAUAACUUUGCCAAAAAAAAAUUUUUGCAUAACAAUAUAAUUUAUUAAAUUAAAUUUUAUUUAAGGAAAAAAAAAUGGCUGGGUAUUUUCAUAAUGUUUCUAGUGAUUGGUUAUCUACUCUAGUGGCCUUUCUAUAGCUAUAAAGUUAAUGGAUAUAAUUAUUUUUAUGUCAUACUUAUUCAGAUAAAUCUGAGUUAGAAUUACCUUAACUAGAUGUUUUGCUCUGCCACUGAGCAACUGUACCCAUAGUAUGCUAAUGUUUCAAAGAAAUCAUUUAUAUGUUUAUUCCUAGAUGAUUUUAGCCAACCUCGAUAACUUCAUUAAGUUACUAUGACCAACUAGAUAUAGCUAAACUACUGAUAGAUAAACAGUACCACAUUUUUUUUGUGUCAGCAUGAGUGCAGUUAAAUAGAAUCACUUGAAACAUGAGCAUUGACAGAACAGCUUGACCUUCUUUCAAUUAUUUUAGUUAUAAUAAAGGUAAAAAUAAUAGUUUAUGAUUCGACAAUCUAGCCAUGGGCGUCUUCCAGUCUUUCUGUAUGAAUGAUGAGCAGAAUUAUAGGCCGAUAGCUGCCUAUUAUUCCAGAAUUAAUUAAUUACUGAUCUUAUUAUCUCUGUAUAUGCUGAUUGCCUUUUAUAUAAUUAAUGAUAGGAAUAUGUUUAAAUGUUCCAACCAAAUUUGUAUUUGCAUAUGGUCACGCUUUUCAAGAGCGCAACAACUAGACACACAUUAAGGAUUCAAAUACUUCCCAAGCUUAUAUAUUUACAAUCCAAGUGUGAUGUUCCCUCAUUGAAAGUGGCCUACCAUAUCAGCCCAACCAAACCAGAACACGAUUUUCUGUUACUGUCUAUAGCCUGAAUGAUUCUUUGGGCAGUGCUGUCUGACAACAGGUCCAUGUGCAGUGAACUGGUUUCAAGCAAACUAACAAUAGGCUGAUAGUUUGCGAAUCUUCAUUCUUCAUGUCCAGUUCUCAAUCACAAUGUUGAACAUUUAUGUGUAGGCUUACAAAAAAAAGCUUUUGUAUCCUGUUAAUGACAGGUUUUCAACCCAUCAACUUCAGAAAUUAGUACUAAAUUGUGAAAAAAAAAAAAACAAAGUGAUCUUCUUUGACAUCUUUAUAUAUGAUCUGAACCAAUCCCUCAGUCCACAGAAAUGUUAUGAAUCUGUGCAUUGUGUUUUGGCCAGAGAAUC